AUGGACUUUUUAUUCUGGAGGAAGAGUGCUACUGUAGAGCCUGAAUUAGACAGGGAUCCUUAUCCCUGGAUAAUCUGGUAUAUUUGGAAAGCAAGGAAUGACAAGCUGUUUAGAGGAAUCGAUAGAGACCCAUUGGAAUUGGUACGAUAUGCGGAGAGUGAGUGCCAAGCCUGGUUUAAUGCAAAUGAAAGGGUGUCAGCAAAUCUCCAAGAGAAUGGAAGGAAUGAAUCUAAUGAUGGAUCUCAAGUCAUAAGCUUGACAAACAUAUGCAUGGUGGAUGGAUCCUGGACGGCUACAGCGCAGUUCAGUGGAAGUGGCUGGGCGAGAAUCCGCUCUGCAUUCGGAACUGGAAGCACUGCGAUGGGCGAUGGAGAACAUGCUUCAACAUUCUACAUGCCAGACUUUUGGAACGGAUUGUAA